UCAGCUGAGCCCUUUUCCUGAAUACAUGUUCACGAGUGAGCAGGGCAGCCUCAUUGUCUUUUUGUCGCUUUCUCAGCAGCUUCCCAUUCAAAUUCAGCUGGAAAUUUUGUCCGUGGGAUUAUUCAAUCGACAGAGCAAGAGACCAUGUCCGGUCAAAGUGAUACCAGAGGUCAGCCUUCAGCAACAACAAUUAGUACCGUUGCUGUACAAACAGGAGACUCGAGGAUUGUUGUAGCUGUACUAAAGUCUGGGAAAUGGGUGGAACUACAGUUGGCUGAAUCAGUACCGAACCUGCUUGAAAUUGGCAACAAUGCAGAUGAGAAUAGGAAGCUACUGAAUGAACACAAUAUCCUUCUUGCCAAGCUCAAGGGACAUGAAGACGAUGUGUGGGAUUUACUGUGUGAAGCUGAUAAAACAGCAGAAGCUGAUAAAGAUCACUCUCAGUUAUAUGAUGCAAUGGCAAAGACUCUGGGGGAAAACUGGACAGCUCUCAAUGAUCUGCUUAUAGAGCGCAAGAGACUUUUAAGCUUGGCAUCGGAAUUUUUUGACCAAGCUUUAGAGUUUGCAAUAAGAAUUGAUGAAGCUGAAGACUUGCUGAACAGUGCGCAGGUAUUUGAGGACACCAGAUCCUUAAAGCAAUUCUUUCACCAGCAUCAACAUGUCACCAAAGUUCUUUUAACAAGCUCCAUGGCUCUUCUAAACAAGAGUCAAGAACUGCUGAAUGCUAUCCAGGCUUUCAAACCAACUGGACCCCUAGUGAGCUCGGAGCUGAUACACGGAGCCCGGAGUAGCUGUAUGAAGAUUGAGAGUCUGUUGGAAUUGCUACAGGACAGGAGGAGGCAGCUGGAGGAACAAUUGCAUCACAGGUGGCGAGACCUCGAGCAGAUUCUUCGGAUCUACCAAUGGGACCAGCAGGUAGAUGAGGUAAUACAGUGGAUCAGACAGCAAGGAGAAGCAUAUUUACAGAUCGAACAGCUUGGCUCAUCUCUGACUGAAAAUGAACAGCUGUUGCUGGAAUAUAAAGAAUUUGUGAGUAAAGCCAAGGAAUUGAGCUGUGCUCCAGAAAGAUUAGAAGCUGAGGCUGAUGAAAUUCUGCUUACGCAAGGCUUGACGGAUAAGGAACAGGUGACAUUUCGGAAUCAGAAACUGAAGCUGCUGUGCGAGGAGUUCUGGCAGCUGGUAGAGGAACGAGGAGCACUACUCCAGGAAGCCCAUGAUUUUUAUAAUAGUGCAAAUAAGGGCUUUGAUGUCCUCGGAGUCAUCGAAACACACCUGAAGCACCUUAAUUCUCAGACCCUGUGUUUGUUUGAACUUUCUAAAGAACAUCAAUCUCUGUACCAGGCAAUCAGUGAUGCAGUUUCAGUUGCUCUACACAAGGGAGAAAUGCUACUAAAUAAAAUAGGCCCCCAAAGUCCUAGAGCCAGUGGAAUUCAGGAGAUGGUGGGCUACAUUCGCGAGCGAGAGCGUCAACUAACUGGCCAGUGCUUUGCUCAUAAGGAAUUAGCCUUAAAGAAGCAGGAGCUGAUCACUUGCUUUGAAGAUCACUUUGAUAAGGUCUCAAUAUGGCUACAGACAUAUAGUCCGAUAUUUGCCGGCAAAUUGGAACCAGGAUCCUCGCUCUCUGAAUCUGAAGACGUUCUAAAUAAACACAUGGAAAUAUCUGAUCAAUCCAAGGAGGUAGCAAAUAAAAUAGCAGUCAUCACUGACAUCAUCAAACAGGGAGAAAUGUUGGAAGUUCCAGAAGCAAAAGCGUUUUCCGAAAAGGUUGCUUUACUGAACGCAGAAUGGAAAAUAUUGUGUCGGAGUCUGAACACACGAAUCGAACUCCUACAAGCCUACAAGUCCUUUCUGAAAUAUGCUGAAGAGGUGGAAGAGGCCAUGCAAAGCUUAGAAGAUUAUUAUCAAUCUCGACCUGUAGAAGAAGACAAUGAAGAAAAGACUAGGGUCACGCUGGAGGUUGCUGACACCAAAUGGCAAUCUGUCCUCAAGUGCUUUCUUUCACUUCAAGAUAUGGGGUUCAAUUUCAAGAGUUCAGUACACAUGACAAGUGAAAGUUUGAGUCAAAACAUGAAAACUGCUGUGACUGUGAUCGACAGCACAGUGGAUCAGUUGGACAAGAGAAAAUUGUCUCUCACAAACCAGUGGACAACAUGUCAACUGCGCCUAAAUCAAAUUAAAUCAGUCAAAAAACAGUGGAAGAAAUUCAAGGAGCAAGUUAAAAAGACAACUGGCAGUCUGAAGAUGCUUGAAGAGGAACUUGUCCCUGAGUCUAGGAUCGAACUUGGUACCAAUCUUGAGACCAUUGUCAAUUUGCAGGAGAAAUUCAGCAAAGCAAAGCCACUUUUGCAGCAAUUGAACGCAGAGGUGGAGUACAUUGUAAAAACAGCUGAGCUAUUGUCGGUAAAAGGUGUCUCCCAGAAGGAAAAAAGUGAAAGGGUUGUGGAACUUCUCAAUGUUCAUCAGCAAGUCAACAAAACAAUAAAAGAAUACGAAGCUGUUCUUCAGAUGGCAGUUACAUUUCAUCGGACUACUCAAGAGCUCGAAAACCUAAUGAGAUCCGGAGACCUACAGUACCCAGAAUCAGUUGCGGUGUCGCAGGAUAUCAAUCAAGCAAAGGCCCAACACAGCCACCAUCAGCAGAAACAAGCUCAUGUGCGCUAUUUAUAUAAACUAGCCCUCACGUUAGCAGUGGAUGUAAUUUCCAUUGUACAGCAUUCGAAAACCAUUGGUGCUUCAGUGGAGUCUCUUCAGCGGAAACUUGAUUUCCUCGAGACUGACAGUAUCCAAUGGAGCGCAAAUGCAGAGCGACAUGGGGAGAAGCAGCAAGCAAACCUGGAAUACUGCACCGCCAAAGAAGAAAUACAUGAGCUGAAAGAAUCCUAUAAAGAUUUCAAGAAGAAGUUUAACAACUUGAAAUUUAGUUACAUGAAGAAAAAUGAAAAAUCCCGCAAUCUGAAAGCUGUCAGAAAUCAAGUGCAGCAAGUUGACAUGUACACUGAAAAAAUUCAGAUAUUUAAGAGGAAAAUGAUUCAAUAUGUGAAUAAAAUCACUUCGGUGCUAGAAAAGCAAACCCUGGAAUCUGAAACUAAUGUGCUCGAAGGAUCCAUCGGUGAGUUGCAGAAGCAGGUUAAUGAGCUUGAAAAGACAGUGGAGGACUAUAAACAAAACUUGGACGUGACUGUUCGCAUGCAGCAGGCUAUGGAGGAGAGCCAGUUUUGGUGUGAGGAAACGAGCGGUGCAAUUGUGCGAGUUGGGAAAUAUUCUACCGAAUGCAAGACAGAGGAAGCAGUGGGAAUUCUGCUCAAACAGUUUGAAAAGUUUGUGUGGCCCACAGUUUCACCGCAGGAGACGAGAAUCCAGCACAUCACUGAACUAGCAGUGCGCCUAUAUGGUAGUGAAGAAGGAAAGAAAUAUGUGGAGAAAACCGUAACAAAGCACAAUGAAAUCCUGGACUCCAUGAAGGAAUUGUGCAAUGGUCUAAGAGAGCUUGAAAUAAAGCUGCAGAUUAAGACUGAUGCUGCUGGACAGAAAUCAGGAGAAAGUGCAAGUAAAUCACAAGGAACCAGUGUUGAAAAGGGAGAAAACAGUAUCUCUACCCAAAGAUCACCUGUGGAGACUGGUUUGAAAGCAAGCUAUCAGUCACUGGACUGCUGUAAGCAAGAAAGUAAAGUGGAAACUUCAUCCAAAGCCACUCUGGACUCAACAACACUGAUAAAAGGAAGCCGUGAGCUGGAUUCCAUACUUGUUAGCAUAGAUCACAGUCAUGCUUUUAGCACAAGCAGAGCUGCCACAGAGGAUUCCCAGACAGUAACAGAUAACAUUACAAUCUCCUCUGAAAGAGAGAUAAUGAGUGUUCAGAGUUACACCGCCACCUUUUCACAGCAAUUUAAUGUGAAAUCAUCCCACGGACAAUCACUCUGUCGAUCAGCGGCUGCCACUGACUCAGGAAGGAGAGUUUUUGCCCUUCAGCUGAUAGAAAACAAGGCAGAAUCCACAACACAUUCUAACAUUAAUUCAAGGACGUCAUUGCCAGGUUCAGCCAAGAAUCCUCGAGAUAAUGAAAUGGAAGAGAUGCCAUACAUCACUCAGAUACUGGAGGAACAACAGGUGUCACACAGCUAUGAACUUUUAAACGUUACGUUGGACCAACUGAUAAGCGAUCAGAUCACAGAUUCGGUGGCAGAAGAUCGAUAUUCGCGGGAAACUACAGAGCCUCUUUGUUUUGGUACAGAGGGCAGCACAGCGACUGAUAGAGACCUGCAAAAUGAACUUUUAGUGGAUGAAACCCUAUCCGUGGAAGAAUAUGAAUGCAUGUCACCAGAUGACAUAUCUUUGCCUCCACUUCCUGACACUCCGGAAUCAAAUAUGCUCCAUUCUGAAACAGAACUGGAUGAGAUGUCUCAGUUAAGUUCUCAUAGUCGGCAUUUUGGAUCUCACAGUACAAAGCCACAAAUGGAAAUGGACUGGAGCAGAAUGACUGAUCGCUCUGACCUGGUAACACCUGUUGCCAUGGCUGACACCAUAAAUCAUUCAAGACCGCAAGCUUCUCAUAAGCCUGAAUAUUAUUCAUCUCGCUAUUCAAAUCCCUGCACUGGACUCUCCACCACAUACAGAUCCGAAUCUCCCCCUUUUAUCCAGAGCCCACUGACAACCCCUGCACCCACUCUCGUUUCCAGCACCCUUUCGAGUAUCGUGAAAUCCCAAACUGUGGCUAAAUCGUCAAUCCGUGAUUCUAUCUGUCAAGUGCAUGAGACACAGCUGCAGACCUAUGACAUGCAUGAGAGUGUGAUUGAGACCCAGGAGUCACUACUGCACGAACCCAAGAGUAACCGUGUUAAAAACGAAACGGAUUCUAACAGCAAUGAAUUCCAUGUUCCAACUGAACCACUAACAGUAGCCCUCAGUGUGCACCCACCCACGCAUGACACCAGAGGCCACCACAAAGAAACCAUCAUCCGAGAGGGCAUCCGCGGUCCAUUGAACAACACAGCUAUGCGCUGCCUGACUGGCACAACACCGAGCUUCUCCAAGCUCUUAUCUAAUGUCAAUGUGGUAGAAGGUUCUCCUGUGACCUUGGAAAUAGAAGUAGCAGGAUUCCCAGAACCAACUUUGACGUGGUACAAGAAUGGACAGAAGCUGACAACAGAUCAGCGCUUAGAAGUUUCACAAAAGGAAGGCAAACACAUUCUUUUCAUUCAGAAGGUGUCUGAUACAGAUGCUGGCAUUUAUGUUGUACGAGCUAUAAACUCUAGUGGCACUGUCAGUUCCACUGCUAUACUUCAAGUACAAGGUAACUGCAGACUCAGAUGUUUCCACAUUGAUCCUAUAGACUGGCUCACCUGUCUCGCUUGGCUGUGUAUAUUGUGUGUUAGCUUGUCUCUAAUGUAUGCACUGUUUAUUUAACUGCUAUGUAUCACUGUUUUGAUUACAUUGAUGUUUUUCACCUUAUACUAAAAAUAAAGUUGGAACCUGUCCUCACCACAAAUAAUAUCACGAUACAGUGUUUCCAUGGUAAUGUACUGUCUCUGCACCACAAAACAGUUUUAAAUGUUAACUUUUGUUCAUUGAAAACUCAAUAGUUUCACUGAAAUACUAGUAAUGUAAUUUAAAGCAUUGACUGUUACUUCUCAGUAAGAUAUCAUAAUAUUCCAGUAUCGCUGCAUAGCAUUAACAGAAUCGUACUGUUAAUAACACAAUCAAUGACACUGAUUAAAACCUUCACCCUGUUUGUCCAAAUUCACAGUAGUAUUAGCACAAAAACUGAGCAACUUGACGAGUCUAAUUAGUUUUUAAUUGCACACUUUCUGAUAUUCUUAUCUGUUUGCAAAGAAACAUUUUUGAAACUAUUUUUACGAUGAGUUAAAUAUGCCUAUAUAUUUUAUUAUAUAAAACAUUCUUUUUGUGAGAUUUUAACUUCCUGAUACUGUUUGUGCGAUAUGUUUUGGAAUAGAUGCAAUGUAAAAUUAUCAGGUGGAAUUUUAGAUUAAUAGGUGGCAGAGUGGAGUGUGUUGAUGUUGUGAUACACUGUGCACAGAGCAAUAGGAAAUGUGCUGUGAUUUCUCAAAACGGUGGUAGAGUAUAUAUUUGCAAUCCGAUAGCGAAACAGUGACUGGAGUCUGGGAACAUAAUGAAUGCUCACACUCUCAGCCAGCAGCUCAUUACAAGAGUGAAGGGAGUAAAAUAAGAAUAACAAUUUAAAAUCAAUGAAGAUUCAACGUGCUGUAUGUUAUAACAAAGACUAGGGAAGUCAGAUAAAAAAGGCAUUAAAAAAACAGGAUUAAUUCAGAGGCUGUAUUGACCAAAUUGUAUAACAGAUCACCAAUAUAAUUACCUUUCAGUAUUCUACACUAAAAUUAAUGAAAAUUGAUUUCUUAAGUUAAAAGUUUAGGAUUAUGGAAAGGCUGUGUGUCCCUAAAAUGAAUUGCAUUUCCCCAUUGCAUAUUUCCCUAUAUGGCUUUGCAAUACGUUGGCAACACUUUAUCAGCAAUCUUUCGGUGCAUUUGUAUUUGUUCCUGGUAUUGUUACUGUUUUCCACUGUGUACAUUUCAGUGUGAUUUCUCAUCUUUGGUUCCACUCACUCUGAGACCAAUUAAAUCCAGUUUAUUGAAGCUGCCUUUUGAUAUGAAGCUGCCUUUUGAUAGUACGGUAGUAUCCAAUUUAACCAAACUGACAAAGACACUGAAACAUGCAAGGUUAACGCAGUGCACUUUCUAUUCUGCUCAUUGUAAUACACUGGACGUGUGGACAAGUUUUGAAUAAGACUUGCAUGGAGGUCGGAUCAAAGGUAGUUCACAUGAAAAGUAAUUUCUGAUGUUCAUAUUUUACAAUUUAAAUACAAUUCCUACAUGUGAAAAGUUGCAUGCUUGCAGUUCCUCUCCCACGUCAAAUGCAAAAAAACACAAACUCAACAACAUGCAAUAAGCACAAAUAGCUUAUGUUUUCAUUUAGAUUAUUUUUACAUUUUGUUCUUGUAAAUCAAAAAAUAAAACAAAGAGGGCAUCUCCUUUAUAGAUCUCCCUGCAUAUAUACUCUACAGGUACUGCAAUGUAUGGGGUACCAGUGGUAACUUUAUUGUCUAUGGUUUCAGAUGUCAUUGACAAUGUGGAAUAAUGGACUAAACUGAAGGCAAGGCAUGUUUGUUCAAUUCAGUUAACUUUAGUACAUUACAAAUAAUAGUUCAGCUGACAACUACACCUGACAUUUGUUUUGUAACAUUCUUGGACAUCUUUUAUUUAAAAAUGCGGUUGAGUUCAGGGAUAAAGAACAAAGAGAAUGCAAACUUUGCACAACUUGACUUCUCAGCAAGAAUCAAUAGUGAGGUUAUUCUCCGCAAUGAAAGUGAAUUGAUUUUCAUAGCAUGGUGGUUUGUGUACACUGCUAAAGCAUCUAAAGGAACCAUUUUCAUGCAGUGUUGAACUAAUAAUAAUAAAAUAAUCCUUGCGUUUGAUAUAGCGCUUU